UAUUCGUUUAGUGACACUUGGGCUUUCGUUUUUCCGUUGGGCGAGUAGAAUCUCAGAAGCCAUGGCGAAGCGAUCGUACAAGACGGAGUUGGGGUGCAUAGCGUGCGAUGAACUGCGCGAGCUCGGAGCGGGAAAACCUAACUGGCUGGUCGAAACCCCUCACCUCCUCUGCGCCAUCGACACCCACUCCCUCCUCCUCGCCAACCGCUCCACCAUCCUCCUCCUCUCAUGGUCCGACAACUCCGCCGCCUCCCCGCCCCUUAAGAUCCGACCCGAACUCUCUCCCAUCGACGCAGAGUCAAUCACGGCCCUCGAGUGGCUCGUCUUCGGAGACAACCGUGUCAUCGUCGCCGGCACCUCCUCCGGGUAUCUUCUGCUCUAUUCUCUGCGGGGAGAUUUGAUUCAUCGCCAGAUGAUUUAUCCUGGACGAGUUUUAAAAUUAAGAGUUCGUGGAACAAAGAAAGAUUUGAUUCAAGAUACCUCUUCAGAAGAGUUUUGUCUCAUUAUGCCAGGUGUAAUUGCCCGUUUUGAUGGUUCUGAUGUUCAGAAUAUGCUGCAGAAAUGGUUUGAAGAAGCACAAUCUCGAUUUUGGGAUCAAAAACCAAAGAGCCAAGAUUCAGAGGAUUUUGGAAAUACUGAUGUCAAAAUUCCUUAUCAGUUGUGGAAUGUUGGUAAGAAUGGCACCUGUUCUGAUGCAGCAAUUACUGGAAUAAUGCCACCUCCACUAAUGGAACAACAGUCAAGUCAACGUUAUUAUUGUGCAGUGGCUGUUGGAGAGGAUGCUGUGAUUUCAGCAUACAGACUCUCUGAGAGCAAAGGCAGGUCUUUAGUGGGAGCUAUUCUUUCGAAAGUUGUACCAGCAACAUUCUCCACAUUAGGUUCUUUUUCGAAGUUGAUAUGGCGGAGUGAACCAUCCCCUUCGAAGAAGUCUCCAAAGAAAUCAGAUCAGAAGCCUCAACCUUUUGCACGAGCUUCAUCUCUGACAAGUUUAAUUGAUCACCCUAGGAAAGGUGAGAAGCUUACAUUAUCACCCAGUGGUACAUUGGCUGCUAUAACAGAUUCACUUGGUCGCAUAUUGCUGCUUGAUACUCAAGCACUUGUGGUGGUGCGCUUAUGGAAGGGAUAUAGGGAUGCUAGCUGUCUAUUCAUGGAGAUGUUGGUGAGCAAAGAUAUUGCAUCAUCUAGCUCUUCUUACUCUGAACCAUCAAAGAGUGAUUAUUGCUUGUGUUUAGCUAUUCAUGCACCAAGAAAAGGAAUAAUUGAGAUCUGGCAAAUGAGAACUGGGCCCCGUCUUAGAACGAUUUCAUGCGCAAAAGGUUGCAAAAUGUUACAACCUAGCUAUAGGUUUGGAGCAUCAAUGUCCACGCCUUAUGUCCCUCUGGAAGUUUUCUUGUUAAAUGGGGACUCAGGUCAGAUAUCAAUCUUAAAUCGAACCUUGGAUUCUUAAUAGGCUUUUUUUUUUUUCAGUCAAAUCGAAAAUUACUACUGUACAAAAAAGAACAAAGAAAGACAGCCUGGUGUUAUAAAGCCUCUGUUAUUUGUGUUAUCUUACGAAUGGUUGAUCCUCUUUCGGAUCUAAUAGUAAGCAACUGUACCUUGCAUUUAACUUCAGCAAUAGUAAUUAUUUUGUCUUCCGUUA